AUGUCUCCCAUUCGACCAAAAUGGCAAAUAUUAGCAUCGGCCGACGAUGUAGCGACGGCUGAAACCGUGGACAAAAUGCUUGGGUUUACAACCCAUAAGACGGAAACUACAAAAUUUCAGUUGAAAACCAAACGAGAGAAAGAUUUAUCCACCAAACUUAAAGAGAUGUACAAAAAAUCUUUACAGGAUAUAUCUUAUCGAUAUGAAAAGAAUUAUAGGUUUAAAAACAAAUUAAAUGAUGUAAAAGUUGUCGCAACACAGUCUAUAAGUUAUGGGAAAAUUAUUCGUACAUUGUGUGGAAUGACAGCAGCUAUUAAACCUGAAGAUAUAAAAAUUGGUGUGAAUGACUUCUCAAUCUUGACUAGUUCGCGCACCAAAAAAUAUUUGUUAUUCCUGGGCCCUGUGACAUACAUCAAUCACAGCUGCCAAUACAAUACUGAAUGGGUCGCCGGCCAUGGCGAAGGCGUUUGGUGCGCGAAAGCAAUAGAAAACAUACCCAUUGGCUAUGAAAUAACAACGUACUACGGUGAUAAUUACUUUGGUGUAAAUCAAAAAGACUGCGAAUGUGGAUGUCACCCAUUCAAGAAUAUGGAUGUACAAGAUCCAAUAGCCACAGUAAAAUCUCCUGUGACACAAGUAGAGAGUAUGGGUGAACACAAUCAAGAUACAGACGAUGAAGAAGAUAGUGAUACAGAUGUAGGGAGUAUGGAUGAACAAGAACAACCUGAAUACCAAACAGAAGUUCCAAUAGCCACAGUCAAAUCUCCUGUGACACAAGAUUCAUCUUUAUCGGCUGGAGGCAGAUUGUCAUCUCUUGCUAAUCCUCCAGAUCAUAUUGGAGUUGGAUGUCCUCACAGGAUACCAGUUCAAUCUGACCGGAUUAAAACGACCGGCCACAUAAUUCCUUACAUCGGGUCCAAUACAUCAGAAGACACAAGUGUAUUGAAGACUUGGGAGAAAGAGAUUGUAAAUCCGCUAGGUAAGAAGGCAUUCCAGCUGUUGAGGUGUAUCGAUUGGUUCGUCGGGGUAGAUAGUAAGAACUAA